AGGGUGUCGCCGUGGUGGCUCCAUUCGAAGGCGACGGCGGUUGGUUGGUCGUCUCUGUGUUUGUCCUCUUCCAAACUCCACAAACGGACCCGGUACAGGCUAUCGGUUCGGAUCCAGCUGUCAAACGAGAUCUGUGCGGUUCGGCAUCGCUGGGAUGAAGCGGAAUAUCUUUCAUUUGAAUCGGAUCGCUGGUGUAGUUUGAAGAAAGAGAGUCGGGCGGAGGAGCCAUUUUGUCCCGACAGUGUGAGAAGAAAGAAAGACAGAGACAUUAAAAACACCAGACACCACACGUUCAGAGGAAACACACAUCUUAAACAUCUCCUUCGGAGUUUAAAAAAGAGUCAACAGAGGAAAUCGAAGCAAUUCAGCUGUGAAGAGACUGUCCGGUGUGUGUUUUCGGGUAACACACACACGCUUUCCCUUUAACACGCACUCAGUCUCUAUCGGUUUCUCAUCAGUGUGUGUUUAUAAGAGCUCAGAUGGCGAAGAAGACCUAUGAUCUGCUCUUUAAACUGCUCUUGAUUGGUGAUUCUGGGGUGGGAAAGACCUGCGUGUUGUUCCGAUUUUCAGAUGACGCCUUCAACACCACCUUCAUCUCCACUAUAGGAAUCGAUUUUAAGAUCAAAACAGUUGAAUUGCAAGGAAAGAAGAUAAAGCUACAGAUAUGGGAUACAGCGGGGCAGGAACGGUUUCACACCAUCACUACCUCUUACUACAGAGGGGCCAUGGGAAUCAUGCUUGUAUAUGACAUCACCAACGCCAAGAGCUUCGAAAACAUCAGCAAAUGGCUCAGAAAUAUUGAUGAGCACGCUAACGAGGAUGUGGAGAGGAUGCUGCUAGGCAACAAGUGUGACAUGGAGGACAAACGUGUCGUACCAAAAGCCAAGGGGGAACAGAUCGCAAGAGAACACGGGAUUCGCUUCUUCGAGACGAGUGCAAAAGCCAACAUCAGCAUCGAGAAGGCGUUCCUCACAUUAGCAGAAGACAUUCUCAGAAAGACGCCCGUAAAAGAGCCCAACAGUGAAAACGUGGACAUCAGCACUGGAGGCGGAGUCACAGGAUGGAAGACCAAGAAGUAUCUCUUCUAG